AUGAGAGACUUUUGGUCAAAGCGAAAUUACUCUUUUGAACAAAUUCCUGAUCUGACAGGCAAGGUUGCCAUUGUGACUGGAAGCAGUAGUGGUAUUGGCAAAGUAUGUGCAACAGAAAUGGCAAGAAAAGGCUGUACAGUCAUUGUUGCAGCGCGUGAUGAAAAGAGAAGUCAAGCUGCUGUCGAAGAAAUAAUAGAGGCAACGGGUAACAAGAAGGUCGAUUGUAUAAGAAUUGACUUGAUGUCACUUGCCUCUGUUAAAAAAUUCGCAGACGAGUUCAAGUCUCGAUAUGGGCAACUCAACAUCUUGAUGAAUAAUGCUGGCGUUAUGAUGUGCCCUUUUGCUCUCUCAGAAGAUGGUAUCGAAACACAGUUUGCUACCAACCAUGUUGCACAUCAUUACUUGACAAUGCUUCUACUUCCUCUUUUAGAAGCAUCCACACCUUCUCGUGUUGUCACUGUGAGCUCUUUGGGUCAUACGCUACUCUGGAAAAAGUUUGACCUCGAAAGUAUAAGUGAUCCUGAAAGCUAUAGUCCAAUACAACAUUAUGCCAUGUCCAAGGCUUGCAACAUCUUGUUUACAAGAGAGCUCAAUAAGCGACUGGAAAAUAAAGGCAUAAAGAACGUCUAUGUCAACUGCAAUCACCCAGGCGUUGUUCGCAGUGAUCUGUUCCGCCAUUUGUACAAACCUGGGUCUUGGAAGGAGUGGUUGAGCAAUUUGAUUUUUAUUUCCACAGAGGAUGGUGCAUUGACUCAACUCUAUCUUGCCACAAGUCCUGAAGUAGAAGAAAAGGAUAUCAGAGGAAAAUACUGCGUGCCAUUUGGUGUUGUCUCUAAUCCUUGGGGCGCUGCUGCUCAUAACGAUCAUCCACUGGAAUUAUGGGAUUAUACCGAAAGACUCAUCAAGGAAAAGAUGCCUGAUUACGAAUCCCCUAUCUAA